AUGGCCCGAGAAGCCCACUCCUCUCACUCCCUUUCUCAUCCGCGCAUCCCCACCGCACUCAUGCGCAGCCCACUGCUCUCACUCCCCUUCUCAUCCGCGCAUCCCCACCGCACUCAUGCGCAGCCCACUACUCGCACUCCCCUUCUCAUCCCGCAUCCCCACCGCACUCAUGCGCAGCCCACUCCUCUCACUCCCUUUCUCAUCCGCGCAUCCCCACCGCACUCAUGCGCAGCCCACUCCUCUCACUCCCUUUCUCAUCCGCGCAUCCCCACCGCACUCAUGCGCAGCCCACUCCUCUCACUCCCCUUCUCAUCCGCGCAUCCCCACCGCACUCAUGCGCAGCCCACUCCUCUCACUCCCCUUCUCAUCCGCGCAUCCCCACCGCACUCAUGCGCAGCCCACUCCUCACACUCCCCUUCUCAUCCCGCAUCCCCACCGCACUCAUGCGCAGCCCACUCCUCUCACUCCCUUUCUCAUCCGCGCAUCCCCCCCGCACUCAUGCGCAGCCCACUCCUCUCACCCCCCUUCUCAUCCGCGCAUUCCCACCGCACUCAUGCGCAGCCCACUCCUCUCACUCCCCUUCUCAUCCGCGCAUCCCCACCGCACUCAUGCGCAGCCCACUCCUCUCACUCCCUUUCUCAUCCGUGCAUCCCCACCGCACUCAUGCGCAGCCCACUCCUCUCACCCCCCUUCUCAUCCGCGCAUCCCCACCGCACUCAUGCGCACCCCACUCCUCUCACUCCCCUUCUCAUCCGCGCAUCCCCACCGCACUCAUGCGCAGCCCACUCCUCUCACUCCCCUUCUCAUCCCGCAUCCCCACCGCACUCAUGCGCUGCCCACUCCUCUCACUCCCCUUCUCAUCCCGCAUCCCCACCGCACUCAUGCGCAGCCCACUCCUCUCACUCCCUUUCUCAUCCGUGCAUCCCCACCGCACUCAUGCGCAGCCCACUCCUCUCACCCCCCUUCUCAUCCGCGCAUCCCCACCGCACUCAUGCGCACCCCACUCCUCUCACUCCCCUUCUCAUCCGCGCAUCCCCACCGCACUCAUGCGCAGCCCACUCCUCUCACUCCCCUUCUCAUCCCGCAUCCCCACCGCACUCAUGCGCUGCCCACUCCUCUCACUCCCCUUCUCAUCCCGCAUCCCCACCGCACUCAUGCGCUGCCCACUCCUCUCACCCCCCUUCUCAUCCGCGCAUCCCCCCCGCACUCAUGCGCAGCCCACUCCUCUCACCCCCCUUCUCAUCCGCGCAUCCCCACCGCACUCAUGCGCAGCCCACUCCUCUCACCCCCCUUCUCAUCCGCGCAUCCCCAUCGCACUCAUGCUCAGCCCACUCAUCUCACUCCCCUUCUCAUCGGCGCAUCCCCAUUGCACUCAUGCGCAUCCUACCCUUCCCACCCCCGUACGCAUCCGCGCAUCCAACGCGCAUACCUCGAUGGCGUUUAACGGAAUCUCUGCUGCCCACGAUUUUGCUUCAGUCUCCGUGA